AUGUAUUAUUUAAUCGGUAUUAUUGUAUUAUUUGCCGUAUACAAAUUGGUAAAUUAUUUUCAAGUAAGACAAUUUAAGAAAUCUCAUCAUUGUGAAGACCCUUAUAAAGUACAUAAUAAAUGGUUUGGAAUACCGGCUAUUUUUGAAGUGAUGGAAUCUAGGGAAAGAGGUGAAUUUAUAUCUGAACCAAAAGAUAUGUAUCUUGAAACUUUUCAAGUCAAUAUGGCCGGUUCAGAGUUCAUCACAACUAAAGAUCCAACAAAUAUCAAAGCUUUAUUAUCUACUCAAUUUGAAGACUUUUCAAUUGGUAAAAGACAUGCCUUUUUAAAUCCAUUAUUAGGAGAUUCAAUUUUUACACUUGAUGGACCAAGAUGGAGACAUUCAAGAAAUUUUUUAAGACCUCAAUUUAGUAGAGAAUCAGUUAGUCAUACUGAAUCAUUAGAACAUCAUGUUCAAACAUUAUUACAAUUGAUCAAAGCUGAAAAUGGUAAAACUUUUGAUUUUCAAAGAAUGAUUGCUAGAUUCACAUUAGAUACUGCUACUGCUUUUUUGUUCAAUCAUAGUGUUAAUUCAAUGUAUGAUGAAGAUUUAAAAAUUGGAGAUCCACCAAAUGAAGAAGAUGAUGUGGUAUGUACAGGACAAGAAUUUUUCAAAGCUUUUGAAACUGCUGGUGAUAUUUUAAGUAAGAGAUCAAUGGCUCAAUCAUUUUAUUUUUUGGUCGAUGGUAAAGAAUUUAGAAAUGCAAUUAAAACUAUUCAAAACGUUGCCGAAUUUUAUGUCGAUAAGGCAUUAAAUUUAACUGAACAACAAUUAAAUGAAAAUAAAAGAUAUACCAUUUUAACCGAAUUAGUUAAAAUUACAAGAGAUCGUAAAGUUUUAAAAGAUGAAAUUUUAAGUAUGUUAUUAGCUGGUAGAAAUACAACAUCAUCAUCAAUUUCAUUUUUAAUUUAUGAAUUAGCUCAAAAUCCACAAAUUUAUCAAAAAUUAAGAAAUAAAAUAUUAGAAGCAUUUGGACCCGAAGGUAAACCAACAUUUGAAAGUUUAAAAAGAUGUGAAUAUUUGAAAAAUGUAGUUUCCGAAAUUUUAAGAUUAUAUCCUACCGUUCCAUUAAAUUUGAAAUGUGCAACUAAAAAAACUACAUUGCCUCGAGGUGGAGGAGACGAUGAAAGUUCCCCAAUUUUCAUCGAUAAAGGUACUUCAGUAGUUUAUCGAACUUUUGAUUUACAUAGACAAGAAAAAUAUUUUGGUCUGGAACCAGAUAAAUUCAUUCCUGAGAGAUGGGACAAUUUGAAAAAAGUAGGCUGGGCCUAUAUUCCGUUUAAUGGAGGACCUAGAAUUUGUCUUGGUCAACAAUUUGCAUUAACUGAGAUAUCAUAUGUAAUUACAAGAUUAUGUCAAACAUUUGAACAUAUAUCUACAAAACAAGAAUAUCCACCAAAAAUGAGAAUCACAUUGAUAUUGAAUCUUAAAGAUGGUGCACAAGUUAGUUUUACAUAA